UCAACUGCCUGGAUUGACGUCCACAAUACAAUCUCACGUUUCUGUGAAUGAAAAAAGGUAGAACGACCAUUAGCCGGUAUAGCAUUUGGAGUUUAUCGCAUAAACAAAUCUGAACAAUGACUAGGUUUGCUUAAGAAGCUGCAUAAUGUUAUUUGUAGCGGUUCUUGUAGACCGCCCGGGGCCGACGGAUUUACCUGCAAUCAAAGCCUUUAAGAACCGGUGUGAGUAUCCGCCCCAACUCCUGCCACUGAAUCUCAUUCAUCAUGCGUCAAACACGAAAUAUUUGACCUCUGAGCUUCAAAAUGUGUUCAAUUCCUGGACUCCCUACACCAGGAUCCGAAGUGCCUGUUCACAUCACAAGGGUAAACCUUAACACCAAUUGUGGUCUUGUGGAAUUAUGGGUCAACAUGGGAGAUGAGCGGAAGCAUAUUUAUGCACAGAUGAGAGAGGAGAUUCAGAUUCCUAAAAAGAAGUUUAACGGAUCAGAAGGAAAACCAGCAGAUCUGUGUCUUGUUUGCAUCAGUGACACCUGGCACAGAGCUCGGAUUGUAUCAAGUAAGGGUGAAACUUACAAUGUUUAUCUGAUUGACCAGGGACAGCCUCAUAUCACCACAAGUGAAGCUUUAGCAUGGGGCCAGAGUGACAGUUUCCUCCUUCCACCUGAAAUCGAAGCCUGCAUACUUGCAAAUGUCCUCUCCCUUGAGAAUAGCUGGCCUGAGAAAGCCUCCAAGUUUUUGAAAUCUCUACAUGGAAAGACUUUUAAGGGACUGGUUCAACAUGUUUUGAUGGCAGACAGGAUAAUUCUCCUUGAUAUAUCAAUUGUUUCCAAAUAUAUGUGUAAGUUUGGGGUAGCAAGGAAGGUACCAGCAGAUGAGUUUAAAUGCCUCGUACAAGAACGCCUUCAUUUCCCAAAAGGAGUUGUUUCUGAAGUUCACCUCAAAACACAUGAGCAGAAUCUGAAUGUUGGUUCCCAACUUAAUAAAAGUCCCCAGUACUUUUACCCAGAACGGUUAACUGAAACUUAUGAAACUGUUAUUGUGACAGAGAUAACGAAUCCAGAAAGCAUAUUUUGCUGUCUCCAAACUCUUUCCAAGACAUUAAAGACAUUAUCAGAAGAGAUCAACCAGCACUAUGAAGCAAGCUCAGAUUUUGGAGAGGCACAACCACAGACCUGCGGGGAUCCAUGUGCUGCUAAAGGCAAAAAUGGCAGAUGGAAUCGCUCGUUACUUAGGCAAAACCUGCCAAGUGAUGGUACUGUAGAAGUCCUGCAUGUGGAUGAAGGAAAAACCAAACUUGUCCGAGUUGGAGACAUCAAACCACUGCAUGAAAAAUUCCUGAGAAUGCCUGUUUUCACAUAUCGCUGCUCCCUUGAUGGUGUUAAAAAUAACGGGGCAGGAUGGACCAACGAGCAAACUGAUCACCUGAAAUCAAUCCUCCUAAACAAGACUGUUUUGGCAAGGUUUAACUGCCAUGAUAAACCUCAGGAUGUCUAUCAUGUCACUCUCUAUGAAUUUGAUGAAGAAUGCAUAAACGAUCGGUUUAUAAAAAAGACAGGACUCUCUCCUCCCUUAAAGUCUAAAGGAGAUUCGGAUGCUUUGGAUGAACCCAUUGUGUCAUCAAUUGGUUUGUUUGUUCAUUCCCUUGGAAACAAACAAGGUGUGGAUUUCAGCAAUGGUUUAUUGGAGGAAGAAGCCAAUAACAUUGAAGUCAAUGGGAGAUCAGAUGAUGUGGAUACCUCUUGCUCUGGUGAUAUUGAUAUCAAAGAGAACUCUGAACAUUCAGACCCUGCAAUGCUUAGCAAUAUGUAUCUUCCAACAAGCGGUUUCCAUUUUGUGAUGCAAAAUGGUGAUGAUGACAUGUACACUGAAGGAAAAAGCAUGAAUGUAACAGUGUCUUGCAUUGAAAGCCUACAAAAGUUCUGGUGUCAGAAAGUGGAAAAUGGAAACUCUCUUCAACUCCUUAUGCAAGACUUGCAAAACCACUAUGCAUCCAACCACCCUGAGCCACUUGUUGAAUCCAUCUGUGUCGCCCGUAAUCCAGACAACAACAAGUGGUGCAGAGCAAGGAUCAUGACAAGUCACCAUUCCCCCGUAGUAGAUGUGAGGUUUAUAGACUAUGGUCACACUGUACUGGUUCCCCUCCGAGAUGUGCGCCCCAUUGAUCCAGCUUUCCUGCGUCCGCAAGCACAAGCUUUUCAGUGUUGCUUAUUGAAUCAGAAAACCCCAUCACAUCCCACAGCCAUCACUGGGAUUGAUGAUGAAUUGGCGGAAUUUCAGAAGUUUGUGGAUUUAGGUGCUUCGUCAAACACAGGGUUUAAAUGUGUUGUCCAAGCUGUAACAUCUGAUGAAGAAGGUCUGCCCCUUAAUGUGGUGGAUUUUGAAUCUUCAUCUCACAGUGUAUGCAAGCUUCUGACUCAGCAAUGUGCACAGGCUGAAUCUCAAGAGCCAAUCUCUACACAAGUACAAUCAGAUGGAUACAAGUACUCUGGACAUAAAAUUGAGGUUGGUGGAAGAGAAAAAGUGUUUGUAACAUCUUCAGAGAAUGUCAAUCACUUCUACUGUCAACUGGACAGGAAUUCUGAUUUGUUUGACGAAGUGAUUGGAAAUGUUAAAAAACAAAUUGGCAAGCCACAGUGCAAAGAUCACCAACUUGGACUUGAAAGCAUUUGCUUUGCUAGGUACACUGAUAAUCAUUGGCACAGAGCUCAAGUGGUAGAAAUGUCUCCCAAACUUAAAGUGCACUUUGUGGACUAUGGCAAUACCCUCGCAGUGAAUGGAUCUGAUGUGUGUCACAUUCCUAUCGAAGCAAGUUUUGCCAGGUCAGCUCCUGUGCAGGCUGUUCCACUUGGACUGUAUGAUGUCCCUCCAGAAGUGCCACAGGAAGUCAACCAGUGGUUUGCAGAUCAUGCAGUAAGCCAUAGUUUCACUGUUUCAGUAGUAGCGAAAGACGCAAAAGGGAAGCUAAUUGUAGAGCUGUUUGAUGGAUCUGUGAAUGUAAAUAUGAAAGUCAGAGAGAUGGUUUUGAAGAUGACACAACAAAAGAUAGCAAAGGGUCCUGUUCAGCAAACUGAACAGCAACUCUCUAAACAUUCAAAAGACAAUGUGCCAAAUAAGGACUGGUCAACAGAAGAGCUCAUGAAUCCAUCAGAAUUACAGAAAAUGACGGAAGAAAAUCAAGUUCACAGCAACAAUGGGAUGUUUGCUAGAGCCGAGCUACAGAAGAGUUCACAAUCCAUUACCAAUGUCUCUGCAACACAAGUUGAACAUAAAAUGAUUUUGGAUGAAGGAACCGAACAAACGUUAGAAGUAAUUAAUGAAGCCAAAGAAUCUGUGUUGGUGGAGGUUUUCAUACAAGGUGGCCAAAGUGACUCAGAAAUGGACAAACUUUCUCUCCCUUCUGAUCCCAAGAUAAACCUGAACAUCUACAACUACAAGAGGCCAGACGUUUCUCUAAACAAGACGGAGGAGGUAUAUGCUUCCUGCAUUGUUGGACCAAAUUACUUUUGGUGUCAGAACACCAACACUGAAGAUCUAAACAUAGUGUCAAGGCUUGCACAGGACGCAGGGAACACACAAAAUAAUGUGAUGUUCUCUGAGACUUUGGGGCCUGGUGGUCCAUGCCUUGCUCUUUAUUCCAGUGACAACCAGUGGUAUCGAGCUCAAGUAAUUCAGAGCACUGAGAGUUUACUGCAUGUUCUGUUUAUAGACUAUGGAAAUGAGGCUGAAGUUGACAUUGACAAUGUAAGACCUCUGCCUCAAAGUCUGCUGGAAAAGGCUCCUCAGGCCUUUUUGUGCUCUUUAAAUGGAUUUGAUGAGUCAAAGGGAUCCUGGGAUGACAGAGUUUAUGAUGACUUCCAUAAUCUCUUGGUUGAUAAGCUACUCAGAGUAACCGUGUUUAAUGUGGAAGAUCAUUCAGAGAUGCCGACCCCCCAAUGUGCAGUGCAAAUAGAGUGUGACAAUUUGCUUUUAAAUCAAGAAAUGCAAAAAUACUGGAAGACAUCUGCCACAGAGCAUAUUGAGAAAGAAAACGCUCAGCUAGAAGACACAAUCCAGGAAAGUCCAACAGAGUUCAACUCAACAUGCCUCAAUGUUUGCACAGGAAAUGUAAAAACUAUGUACAAAACGCCAAACAUAUCCAAAAACAAGAAAGAGGAUGUAUAUGCAUCUUGUAUUGUGGAGCCCCAUUACUUCUGGUGUCAGUAUACCAACACUCAGGAACUCGACAAAGUAGCUCAGCUUGCUCAGGAAGCAGGAAAAGAACAACAGGACCGUGUACUCUCUGAGACUCUUGAUCCUGGCAGUCCAUGCCUUGCUCUGUUUUCCAGUGAUGAUCAGUGGUAUCGAGCUCAAGUGAUUUCUAUAGCUGACGAUACAUUUCAUGUUCUGUUUAUUGACUAUGGAAAUGAGUCUGACAUUGCCAUUAAAAAUGUAAUACCACUACCCCAGAGUCUACUGGAUCAGGCUCCUCAAGCAUUGUUGUGCUCUUUGAAUGGAUUUGAUGAGUCCAAGGGCUCCUGGGAGGAUGGUGUUUAUGAAGACUUCUACAAUCUGCUGGUUGAUAAACCACUCAAAUUGACAGUGCUCAGCAUGGAUUAUAAUUCAAAGAUCGCUUUUCCUCAAUAUAAAGUUGACAUUGAACGUGAUGGAGUAGUUGUAAAUACACUGAUGGACAAAUAUUGGAAAGACCUGAACACAGACCACAGCUUGGCAGGUUUAGGCUCAGUGAACCAGGAUGAAGAGGAGUGUUAAGGAUUAAAGUCAUCAAAACGCUGACAAUUGACAGCUCUGGACCCAGUUGGCGGAACAUGAAUGUCCAUUGGGGGAAGCUCACCGAGCGUAGCAGUCUUGACUUUAGUCAAAUAUGUUUGGCUUGUUAGAGAUUUUACCACUUCAACUUUUACAUAAUAAAUACAAUGAAGUGUCAUGUGGUGAAAUUGUAUUAAUAAAAAUUAAUUGACUUGCUUAGAUGAGUUUUGUGUUUGCAUGUUUUUAAAUAGUACACAUUUCAAGAGUUAUUUGUGCUAUGAACAGCUGCAUUAUUAUUAUUAUUUUUUUACGAAGAUCUGUGAAUAAUGAUAGGAUUUGAUCAAGAAAAAAAUAUUGGUAGUUGAUAAUUGUAUCUGUUAACUUUCAUUACAUUGAGCUUUUUUUUUGGGUAACAAUAAAAACAGGAUUCUUGAAAUAUAUCCGUCGACAUCCCUAUGAAGGAAGUAACCUCGCUGCACUGAUCAAAACUGUACGAGAUAUAAAUGAGUAUAGCCUACAUAAAAUACAUUUUGCUCAUUAAAAAAAAGGGUUGUUUUUAUUCAAGUUGUAUUUCCUCUUGAGCUGUCUUGGUAUUUUCCAGAAAUGGUAUUUCAGUGAAACAUUUAGCCAAAUAUGGUGGUUCCGUGGUAACAUUUUGUUCAG